AUGUCGAAGGAGGAGCAUGGUUCGCGCGAGCGCGGCCGAUUUGCGCCAAUUCGCCGGGAUGUCAUUUACCACCGGCGCACGGGUGCGCAGAAGGAGCACAGGGAGCCGAACGCUAGGGGGGUUGCGGCGGAGUACAUUUGGGCCGGGGAUUCGAAGGCCGCCAGUGGCCACAUUGUGUCGUGGUUUUUCACCUCGCAGAAGCCGAAGCGCCAGAAGGAAAGCGAGCGCCAUCGUGUUCGCCUGGCGACUGGGGACUGGUGGCUGAUUUCGUGGCAUCGGGCGAAAUUUUUUCUGGACGAAGUCGUGGGAAUCUCGGAAGACUAUACGGACGCCAUCGACGCAGCAUUUUCUGCGGUGCGGCCAGAUGUCGCACUGCUUCCGACGUCAGCGCUGCACUGGUCAUAG